GUCUGCCCUCGGGCGAGCGGGGCGGCGAGGCCGAGGGCCUCGACGGCGCCCCCGACGCGGCCCCGCAGAGCCACUGGGUGGAGGUAGAUUUCCUCCCGCACACCAAGCGGGUGCAGCGCCCCCGCCGCCUGCGAUCCCGCGGCCCGGCGCGGGGGCGCGCAGCGACCGUCCCCGCCCCCGGCGCGGAGGCCACGCUUCUCCCCGGGCUGUUCAGGGCGCCGGGCAGCACGAGCCAAGGCAUGGACGCCAUCCUCUCCAGCCCGCUCCUCGCCGGUCUGAGGCCCACGGGCGCGGCGGCGCCCGUGGCGGCCCCCCACGCGGCGCGGCGCGGGUGGGCGGCGCAGGGCGCGGAGCAGCAGGGGGCCGAGGGCGAGCCCACCGGGCGGCCCUCCGCGGCCGGGGCGGCGCCCGCGGCGCUGCCGAGCAAGAGGGCCGCCAGGGCGGACGAAGACCGCGACGGGGGCGGGGGCAGCGGCAGCUCCACGCAGACGCCGGGCACCUCGAGUGCCACGCCCUCGUCGGACGGUUCCGGCGGGGCCGCAGGCGGCGCGGACGGCGGGCGACGCGGCCCGGGCGGCGCCGCGCGGCCGUGGUCGAGGUCGGUGCUCGCGCGGGGGCUUCUGCCGGCGGCUCCGGGGGAGAAGGUGAAGCGCCCUCCCAUCGGCAUGCACACCCUUGGCUCGCUCAUGGAGGCCCACGGGCGCGGCGGCGCCCGUGGCGGCCCCCCACGCGGCGCGGCGCGGGUGGGCGGCGCAGGGCGCGGAGCAGCAGGGGGCCGAGGGCGAGCCCACCGGGCGGCCCUCCGCGGCCGGGGCGGCGCCCGCGGCGCUGCCGAGCAAGAGGGCCGCCAGGGCGGACGAAGACCGCGACGGGGGCGGGGGCAGCGGCAGCUCCACGCAGACGCCGGGCACCUCGAGUGCCACGCCCUCGUCGGACGGUUCCGGCGGGGCCGCAGGCGGCGCGGACGGCGGGCGACGCGGCCCGGGCGGCGCCGCGCGGCCGUGGUCGAGGUCGGUGCUCGCGCGGGGGCUUCUGCCGGCGGCUCCGGGGGAGAAGGUGAAGCGCCCUCCCAUCGGCAUGCACACCCUUGGCUCGCUCAUGGAGGUGGUCGACUCGGACCCCUCAGGUGCGCAGGCUGA